AUGGAUACAAAAGGACACAGACAUCCAGACACCUAUAUACUACUGCGUAUAUCUUUUUGAAACAUACUUACACUAGCCAAUCGUACAGCAGUAAUGAGCAGUCUUAUGCUGUGAUAUGUCCUUAUCCUCCACAAAAUAGCCGCUACGGUUUCUAACUUAGGAACAUGCAACCUUUCGGAGUAAUCGUUUUUAUACUGAGUUAUGUGGUUUGUACGAGAGCUGUGUUUACUACGACACAUGCUAAUAAUAUCCAUACCGCCGUACUUACCAACUACAAUUUCCUGGUCCGACCUUCGGACACCGUCACGGUCAGGGCCGAAUUAAGUGUGCUAUCCAUCAACACUGUAGACAUCCGAACACAGAUGAUGUCGACAUCAGGAUGGAUAUCUUUCUAUUGGACCGACAGUCGUCUCACAUGGACACCCGCGACCUACGGAGACAUAGAAUACAUUUAUCUGGAUUCGACCAGGAUAUGGAAACCUGAACUAGUCGUAGAUAACACGGUCGGUGAAAUAAACAUCCUGGGGUCAUCGGAUCUGCUGUUUCGGGUGAAGUAUAACGGAGAGGUAAAGUGGGACCCACUAGGAGUCUACGAAACCAAAUGUGAAAUAGACAUAACUUGGUACCCAUUCGACAAGCAGACGUGUAGCAUCGAGCUCACAAGCUGGGGCUUCAUAUCAAGUCACGUGACAUUGGAACAUCUCGUGACAUACGUCAACACAGAGGAUUAUGAACUCAAUGGGGAGUGGCAACUGAUAAAGAACGAAAUUUCGUCUAGUCAACUGGUAGAGGAAGGAGAGACAUUCUCCCAGCUGUUGUUUACAAUGGAGAUUCAACGUAGAUCGGGAUAUUAUAUUCUCAAUGUUAUAUUCCCAAUAACGUUGGUUGCCGUGUUAACGACAGUUACGUUCCUAUUGCCAGCCGACUCGGGCGAGAAGAUAUCGUAUAUCCUUACCAUUCUAUUAGCUUUGGCUGUUCUUCUCACACUUAUAGCCGACGCCAUGCCGACCACGUCUCUCCAUACUUCUGUCAUGGGUGUGUUCCUGGCUAUGACAUUGGGCUACUCCACGAUUGCUAUUGUCAUCACCGUCCUCAACCUCCGCCUCCAGGUAAAACCAGAAGGCACUAAGGUACCGAGAUGGCUCCAGAGAAUCUGCAGUGGUUGCCUUGUCAAACUUGUAUGCUACAGAAAAGACGAAGUUGUCCAACUUCAACCAGGCAAAGGGGAAGCGGGGUAUGUCAAAAAGGAGACAAACAUUAAAAAGAUAAUGAAAGAAAAGCUUCAAAGAAAAUCGGCUACCACAGCGUGGAAAGCGGACGACGACACAGCGAAGAGGAGCGACGAUGAGAACCCGGAUGGUUACGAUGACUUCCCUUACAACAAUAAGGAGGUUGCCGAAAUCAUUGAUCGCUUCUUCUUUUUCCUUUUCGCAGCGGUGAAUGUGUUUACAACAACCGGCUUUCUGAUGGUGCUGGGCAUUGGAUCUACGCUAGCCUCGUAGUUGUCAUUGGGAUUUCAAUACACAACCGAGAUUUUAUGGCAAAUUCGGAUUAAGACACGUUUCUUCUUAUUCAUGAUUGACAUUGCAAUUACUAUAUCAACUAACUUUCACUGUCUUUCAAACAAUCUGAGAUCUAGAUAAUUAGCCGUCAACAUCAGAAUGACCUCUAUCUUGAGACACCACUCUACGAAAUGGAUUCUACGUCGCCGUCCUGGUUAGACGACAUUCUGAUACAUUUGUUAAAUGUACUGUUUUGCAAACAAAUUCAUAUAUAUUUGUUUCAAUGCGUUACUCGAAUUAACCGAGUUAAAACUGUUUUUAAUCCGAGAGAAUAAUAAUCUGUGACGUUGGAUUGCUGAAAAUCCCAGUGAUACCACCAAAACCAUUCUGGCCACUGUUUUACAUUUGUUAUCAAAUACAUAAGCAAGUAUUUUGAACCAAGUGGAGUGUGAAUACAGGUGAUGUGUGCCACAUGAGAUAAAAUUCAUCCAAUUUAUACAGCUUUGUCGUAUAUUUUCCGAUUUGAGUUGUAGAUAAAUGCAAGGUUAUUAACUCUAGGUAACGUAAGUUAAGGAUACAGAGAGGCCAUUGUAUGGCUCUCUGUUAAAUAACAUAUAUGUUUUACUAGUACGCCAGAAAACUGAUGCUAGUGUUAUUCACGAGUGCGAAGCUAAUGAAACAUCCCCCAGCCGAACGUUUCAACAAAUAUUUCUUACGUUUGUGCAAGCUGUGAUAUUGCAUACGUUGAUGAAAUAGACAUUUCUGGUGCAAUUAUUGUUUAAACGUAGUGCUGAAUGUUUACAGAAUAAGAGUCAUUAUAAACGCUGCAUUGGUUUCUGUCCCUUGUUUACAAACUCGUUUUACUGGGAAUAGUUUGUCCAGCGGAAUACUCGCCUUCCUGCCGGUCAAAACCUGAUAUACGGCGAGCUGAUUAUUACCGAUCGCAGUCAUGAUGAACGCGUCCAUAAUGUCGAGGGUGAAAGUCAAUAAUCUGGGUCCAGAUGGUCACAGUUGUUUAGACUUGGGUGUCGUUAGCCCAUGUUUUGGAGAUGCAAUUUGCGCAAACAAACUAAACAAUUCAGCAGUAUUUUUUGUAUUUUUGUCUUCAUUUUAAGUACUUUAAGUUAAGAAUUAGCAUGUUCUAUAAGAAACUUCUCCGAUACUUGGUCGUUGAGAUAAAGUUAUAUACUUACUAAUUGUACGAUCAUUUCCGGCUGUAUCAUAUUUUUUGUUAAAAUAAAUUUGUU